AUGGAAGUCGAGAACACUGAUUUAAAAGAUUUUAAACUGAGACCGAUGAAAUGCGAGUGCAACUUUCUGAGUAAAUCCGAUGGAUCGGCUAUUUUGUCUCAAGGUCAAACCGUGGCACUAGUGAGUGUGAACGGCCCUCUAGACAUUAAGAUGACUAGCCAGAGCAUAGAGAAGGCUACACUUGAGGUCCUAUUCACUAGCAAGGUUGGAAAACCUUCAGUAGCAGACAGAUACAAGGAGCAUGUGAUCAGACAGACAUGUGAGAGUGCUAUCCUGGGCAGUCUGUACCCAAGAACUGGCAUCACAGUCACCAUACAGGAGUUGGAGGACUAUGGAGGCUUCACAGUAUGUUCAAUAAACUGUGCGUGCCUGGCGUUACUGAACGCGGGCGUAGCGAUGCGGCACACGUUCGCCGGCGUGUCCUGCGCCGUGGACGAGCACGGCAACAUACAGCUCGACCCCGACGCCACGCAGCUUGAGACAGCUCGCGCCACCAUGAACUUUGUCUUUGAUAGCAGAGAGAAGAGGCUGAUUACUUCCCUGACAAAUGGCAGUUUUAGUGAAGAUGCGUAUAAAGAAGCCCUCGAGCGCUGCCGGUCAGCUAGCCAACUGGUGUUCGAUUUCUAUAAGGAUAUUGUUAGCAAAUACUCUUAUGUUAUUGGAUAA